CAACAACUAAGAAGAAGAAGGAAAACAGAAGCGCAUCAACAUGGCGGCUGACAACGAUCCGGAGUCGGAGGUGUUUGAGAUAACGGACUUUACCACCGCUUCAGAGUGGGAACGGUUUGUGUCCAGAGUAGAGGAGGUCCUGAACGAGUGGAAGCUGACUGAGAGCUACGUGGGGAAAUCGUCUCCAGGAAAGGGAGCAUUCGUCAGCGGCAGCUGGGGGGAGCAGUCACAUGACGUUCACUUUGCUGAUUUCAAGUUCCACAUCACCCACCACUUCCUGAAAGAAGAAGAAGGCCAACAGGAAGAUGGAAGGAGCGAAGAAGAGACUCUGCCGCCGGCCAUGCAUGAUCUUCUGUGCAUGAGCAACGACUUCCCUCCCAGAGCCCACUGUCUGGUCAGAUGGUUCGGCCUGCGGGAGUUUGUGGUGAUCAGCCCUGGAGCAAACUGUGAGGCCAUCAUCAGCGAGUCCAAAUGCAACCUGCUGCUCAGCUCCGUCUCCAUGUCGCUGACCAACAGCGGCUGUCAGGUCCCCAUGUUUGUUCAGAUCCAGCAGAAGUGGAGACGGAUUUAUGCAGGAGAGUGCCAAGGCCCGGGAGUUCGCACCGACUUUGAGAUCGUCCAUCUGCGCAAAGUGCCGAGCCAAUAUAACCACCUGUCUGGGCUCCUGGACAUCUUCAAGUCUAAAAUAGGGGAUUGCUGUGACCUCGUUGGGCUUAGAGGGAUUGCUGUGACCUCGUUGGGCUUAGAGGGAUUGCUUGACCUCGACCCCCUGGAAGCUCCUCACUGGUCUGUUCGAGUCAGGACAGCUGACAACCUUCAGUGCUUACUGGGAGACUUUAUCACCGAGUUCUUUAAGCUUUGCUGUCGGAAGGAGUCAGCAGAGGAGGUUCUGGGUCGCAGCCACGCUGAAGAAGAAGGCCCAGAAAACAGCGACAUCAGCUCUGCUUUGUCCAAACUGACGGAGCCAGCAGCGCCCGUCCCACUCAGCAAACUGUCCGUGUCUAGCAUGGUCCACAGCGCCCGGAAGCACAUCCGCCGCCGCCGCCACAUCGACGAGUCGCCACUUAACACCGAUGUCCUCAACUCCAUUCUUCUGUUCCUCUUCCCCGAUGCUGCAGUGGAGAAGACGGACAGAGAGAAAACCACACCGUCCAACUCCUCCAGGAAGACGGACCAGGAGCGGAGCUCACAGGAUAACCUGUUCCUCCACCUGAAGUCGGCGCCUUCAGACAGCCUGACGUACCGCCUGGCCUUGUGUCUCUGCAUGGUCAACUACAGCUACGGCGGCCUGCCUGCCGUCACCCACCUCUGGCAGGAGUUUGUUCUGGAGCUGCGCUACCGCUGGGAAAACAACUACCUGAUCUAUGGGUUAGCAGCUGGACCUCCUGACCUUCGCUGUUGUCUUCUGCACCAGAAGCUCCAGAUGCUGAACUGCUGCAUAGAGAGGAAGAGGAGCAGAGAUGAAGCUCGUAAGGCUCAGGAGGGCAGCAGAGAGAGGGAGCGCCCGGCGUCAGGAGGACGAGCCUCCGCCUCCUCCACCAGAGAGGGCUCUGGAGGAAAGUCCUGGGACUCCUGGAGCGACAGCGAGGACGAGUUCUUUGAAUGCCUGAGUGACCAGGGGGACAUGGAGGCGUCCCAGAACGAGGGGGGGAGGGACGGCAGUAAGGGGAAAGCUGAGGGCCGUCUGCACCCCUACAACAACAUGACCCUGCUGGCGUCUGCAGAGCCGCUCUAUGUUCCCGUCACUCAGGAACCGGCGCCCAUGACGGAGGAUCAGCUGGAGGAGCAGUCGGAGGUCCUGGCUAAGUUGGGGACGUCAGCUGAAGGAACCCACCUGCGUGCUCGGAUGCAGAGCGCCUGUCUGCUCUCGGAUAUGGAGUCCUUUAAGGCGGCCAACCCCGGCUGUCUCCUGGAGGACUUUGUCCGCUGGUACUCACCCAGGGACUACGUCGAAGAAGAAGUGGUGGACGAGACGGGGCAGACGGUCCUGAGAGGAGAACUCAGCGCCCGAAUGAAAAUCCCAGGGAACAUGUGGGUGGAGGCCUGGGACUCUGCCAGAGUGACGCCUGCGCGCCGCCAGAAGAGACUGUUUGACGACACCAAGGAGGCAGAGAAGGUGCUGCAUUAUCUGGCCAUGCUGAAGCCUGCAGACCUGGCUCAUCACCUGCUGCCCUGCAUUCUUCAUGCUGCCAUCCUGAAGCUGAAGCAGGAAGAGUCGCUGGAAAACAUCCCAUCAGUGGAAAAGAGCCUCCAACAGGCAACCAGCCAAGCUAACAAGCUGCUGCACGCCGCUAACCGGGACCACAAGAAGGUGGAGGAUUUUAUCAACCAGUUGGUUGCCAUGGAGACGGCGAUCGCUGAAGCGCGUUCGCUCCAGGCCAAGUUUGCUGUGGAUGAGGAAGAAGAUAAUGAAGGUCCGGCGGAGCUGAAGCGGUUCAUCACCUCCCUGCUGGAGGAACCGGAGGUGGAGGUGAUGGGAGCUGGACAGGCCCGGAUCGGCAGAACCAUCCACAGGCUGUUCAUCAACGCUCAGCGGGUGAGUCGCUAUCCACUGUCAGGCCGCCAUGCAGCGUUAGAUCUGUCCCGGGUCGCUCACUGGCAGCUUGGGCGCUUCUGUUUCAAGAGGCUGGUGCUGAUUGGCUGAGUCCCCCACAGGGCAGGUUGUGGUCUAUCUAGGAGGUUCUUCCUCCUGGUUGGUGGAGACCUCCCUCCUGCUAAAGGUCACGACGUCUGUAGUGACCUCUGACCUUUCUCUGGGUCCUGUCACCUGAGGAACCUGGACUUAUUUGCUGAAUUCGAAUCCAGCGUCUGCGUUCUCCAAACAUUGGUCGGCUGAUGACGUCAUAGCGCGGCGCCGAGGUCUCUUUAGAUUCCAAGACUCCUCAUCAUGCGGCCGAUAAAUGCGUCAUUCUUUUUGCCCGAUUUGAAGGC